AAUUUACAAGUACCCGAAUGGUGGUCUAGGGCUUGGAAGGGCUCGAAAAUCAAAGUGAAAAAUGCAGACGCAACAAGUACAAAAGGGGACGGUAAUGAAAUCUGCCUUGGGGAAACGCAUGCAAAAAUUUGUGUUUAUGUCAGGUAUUGCUUCGUUUGGAUUUGGAGCUAUAAUGUACAGUUCUGCUAGAAGUUAUUUUGAGGAUCAGCGAAAGAAAAGAACAGAAAAAACACUUGCAGAGACUUUAGCUUCCAGCCAGGAUGAAGGUCGACAUGCACAUUUGAAGCAUUUAGUGGAGCAUGUUUAUAACGAAGGAAAGUAAUUAAAUAAGGAGGAGUUAUAGAAAAUUAAGUGUUACUUCAUACAACGGUGUGUGACCUUUGUACUGUGGUAUGUGACCUUUGUACUGUGGUAUGUGACCUCAAGUGACAAUAAACAGUCCAGAACUUGUGAUAACAAUUGUAUAUGAUGAAAGAUAAACUGGUGAAAUUUCCUACUUAGAAAAGUGGUAUGUUUACAUUGUAAAAAGUAAAAGUUUUCCUCAGUUAAAGGUGUUUUUUUUCUUGAUCAAGAAUUUCACCUCAAUACACAUACUAGCAUUAGAAUUAUGUCUAAAGAGGUGAGAAAGAAAUCAAACUCAAAGCUGUCUCUAAGAAAGAAGGGGAGAGGCGAUAAUGCCAAGGUUGUGUUGAUACCUGAUGUAGAUCAAGAUGAAACAUCAGAAUUCCAACAUUCAAGGCAUGCAAAGGCCACGUCAACCUGUCGUUCUAUUGGAACGGAAGUGAUACAAUCCAGGGACAAACAAAUACAGAGAAGGGAGACAACUAGAAAUUUGUCUUAUCCUGAAGAAAAUGUCCGUCCAGAUGUCAAAAGAGGAGCCGAUCCAAUUGAUGUAAACAGAGAGGAGGAGAGUACUAGUGUAGAUGAUUCAGCAGACAGUCGAUGUCUUGCCUGUGGACUGUUCUUUACACAGGUAGAUUUGAAGGGUCACAUACAGAGAUGCCUACAGUUGAGGUUUAAAAGGACAAUACAGCCAGUCACAGGAAGUGCUGAUGAGAGGACGGAUGAAGAGGAUAGCUACUCGUGUCCAUGCUGUAAGAGGGAUUUGUCUUGCCUAAACUCUAAGCUGAAAACCCAGCACCUCAAUCGGUGUAUAGAUAAGGUGGAAAAAGAAAAAAAUGACGAAGAGAAGAAACAAGAAACCUUGGAGAGAGCGAAGAAAGCUGUUCUUCCUUGUCCAAUUUGUGGGAAACCUUCCAAAACAGAAAAUGCAAGGAAAGGUCAUCUGAAAAAAUGUGCUACAACCAAUGAAGUUAGGACUGAUCAAGUUCUGAAGCUUGUGAAGGACCAAGAGGAGAAACAUAGGCAGCAGCUGGCCGCAGGAAUUAUACCUCAGGACAUAGGGAACAUGAAAAACACUGCGGAAAUGAGUACAGCCAGGGCGAGGAAUAAAAUGUUUAAGGAACCAAAAAGUCAGUUUGAUGAAGACACACAGCUCGCCAUGGCGAUAUCCUCCUCUCUGGACGAGAAAGACACUAAUUUGAUUGGUCCGACACUUGGCUCUGCUGCAGCACGCAAUCUUCAGGUCCAGGAUCAACACAAAAGGAAGAAACGCAAAAAAGGGGAGCCCGAAGGUAUACCAUUGCUGCUGGCUUUGUCAGAUGAGGAGAAAACCAGACGACAACAGCUCAGAGUUUGCAACCUGCUAGUCCCUCAGGAUGGAGCAAGGGAAUCUGAAAUUACUCCAACAAUGGCCAACAGUGAACUACAAAAACAAACGCAGUCGACACAUCUCUGGAUGAGUUCCUCACUGAAGGAGACUGGAAGCUACAAUUUCUAUGUGUUGUCUCUAAUGCCACCAAUAGAAAAGUCUAAAGCAGUCAUGGGGACCAAGAUCAGGAGCUUGUUGGAAAUUCCUGGACGGAGGAGUUCAUUGUUGCUUAGCAACCAAGAUGAGUUGAUUUAUAAAACGAAUGAUGGAGACAUGACGGUCCAGAAGGAUGAGUUGAUGGCCACCACUCAGACCGCUGUGGUCCUAGCAGAGUUAGCCAGGGAAAUGGAUGAUGAUAUACUGGACACCACUGUACAAAGUAGUGGCUUCUGUCCUGAGAGAACAAUUAAGGUCAAGAGGACUACCCAGACUGAGGCAGUAAGCAGCCUGCAGACGGACAUGUUAGGUCUGGUGAAUAACCCAACAGGAAGUGAUGUCACUGUACUUGUCUCCAACAAUGAGGAAAUAUGCGCCCAUACUGUGAUUCUCUCCUGCAGGUGUCCCAUUCUACUCCAGUUGGAGAAGGAUUCUGAGAUCAGUUUGUUGAAUGUCCCGUCGGAGGUGAUGUUAGCUGUGCUCAAGUUUGUGUACGCUGGUCAGAUUUCAUUGUACAACAGUAACGUUAGCCAGGUCUUAUCUCUAUCGAAAAGACUGCACCUGGAUGAACUAACAAAUAUAUGUGAAGAAGCUCUAGCACAAACUUCAAAUGAAAUGAAAAAAUCACCUGAUGACCAGAACAGUGACCUUGAUGCUAUAAAUAACCACCAAUCAGGUGUAGACAAACUUUUAAAAGAUGUUUGGGGAGAAGAUGAUGACAACACAGAGGUUGGUCCUCAAGAAACCUCAUCUGAGGGGAGUCCUUAUAAAAGUGAUGGAGGCUGUGAUGAUGUACGGUCUCCACAGAUGCUACAUAUCAUAAACAAACAUUCAGAUGGAGCAGAAGAUGGAGAGAAACAUACACUUCAUAUCAAAGAUCUCCGAAUACAAAGUCGGCCUGUAUGUGGAGACGAGGGAGACAAUUUGGAUAUGAAAGAAAACAAACUUCAACAGGAAAUAAACAAUUUCUUCCAAGAUGAAAGUUUUGACAUGACUUGUGAGGUACAAACAGAAAGAAGUUUUGACACGGCCUGUGAUGGACAGAAAGAAGGAAGUUUUCACACGGCCUGUGAUGGACAGAAAGAAGGAAGUUUUCACACGGCCUGUGAUGGACAGAAAGAAGGAAGUUUUCACACGGCCUGUGAUGGACAGAAAGAAGGAAGUUUUGACAUAGUCCGUGAUAAUAAGACUAAAUUCGCUAAGAACAAGAGCAGGAGUUUGAUAUUUGAAAACGAUGAAUUGGCAGUGUUUAGUGAUAGCUCUAGUCAAUCUCCUGUUGAUGAGAAUGAUGAAUCCUUAGGUCAGUCUUAUAAUACAGGUAAGAUGAUCGAGACCGAUAACAAAUUUACCGGAGAAAUAACGACACGUAAGAUGAUCGAGACCGAUAACAAAUUUACCGGAGAAAUAACGACACGUAAGAUGAUCGAGAACAAUAACAAAUUUACCGGAGAAAUAACGACAGAAGUGAAGGAGGAUACACUCAUCAUCUGCAGUGAUGAAAGUGACAAUGAAAUAAAUGAUGAUCAAAAUCUCAAAUUAGGUUAUGAUGACAGAAACGAUACUGGACAUUACUCUCCACAGCUAGUACAGGAUAAAUCUCGGCUCCUUAUAAGUAGAAAUAACACUCGUUUAUUUGACAACAAUUCAGAUGUUUCCUGGAAGGAAGAAUUGGAGAGAUCGGAAUCUUCUCCGGCAAAAACAUUCCAGCAUUCUGAUGAUAGUUCUCCUGCCAGCUCUAGACUCAGUCCAGAUCUGAUUGAGGAGGAGGAGGCUUCAUGUAGCUUUCUUUCAUUAUCCUCACCAUCUAGAAAACGAACAAGAUCUGCAAGAACAAGCAAAACCAAAUCACCAGUGGUUGUGUUUAAGUCGUCCCCAACUGCUAAUACUUCAGGGUUAGAUUUGUUUGGAAGCCCAUCUCCCUGUAACAAGAAAAGGAAAACAGAUUCCCCAGAAAGGAUUGAGGCCAGCACUCAUUCAUAUCAACAGAACAGUGCCACACGGACAUUAUUUAUUCAUGAUAAACAUUUAAAUCCCAGUGACUCUCAACAACCUGGUGACCCCUAUAAACCUACUGCCAUCUGUGAUGUAGAGUGUAUUGGGGGUAAUCUUCACCAAACAUCUCAGGGAUCACCCAUAUUUCAGGGAAAGACAAAGAAAAAAUGCUUCAUACAAGUUACCACCAGUCCCCCGAAAAUACAGAAUCUUUCACCAAAAGGAAAACUUAGAAGGAACACAGACCUAUCACAGGGAGAAAGAACUUCAACAGAUAGCUCAGAAAACAAGGCUAUGUGGAUUGAGGCAUCACCUGUCAAAAAUUCUCAGGAAAAUAACCAUGAUAUAAAAGGGAUCAGUUCGAACAUCGAUCUAGAUGUAUCGAUCCCAAGGGAUGUGUGGGACGACUUUGAUGACAGCGGAGCAGGGUUUGGAGGAACUAGUUACAUCCCCCCAGUGACUCCCUCGGGACAUAACUCCUCCUUUGACCAGGAUGAGAGUAAUCCAAAGACAAACUCUAGGAUUCACGGAUCCCCUGCUGAUCAGACACCCAAGCUUCAGCGACACCUAGAAAAAGCUCCAAAACAUUUAAAAGACGCAUCUCAAAGAACAGAUAGUGACAACAUUGUUAUGUGGGGAGAAGAUCAUGCCUCCAAUGUGUUGGUCAACAAGGAAGCAGAUGGUCAAGCUACAAUGUCAUUUAAGACGCCGACCGUCUCUAGUCGACAGAAGGCUGCUGUACAUUGGGUACCACCCUCCCCAUUUACACCCAUGCCACAGUAUGAUAGCAUGAAUACACCACAACUCAAGCGAGAAGUACAGAGGAUUGGUGUGCGUCCUGUUGGUAAAAAACGGAUGGUGGCCUUGUUGAAGGAUGUCUACAAUAAAACUCACCAGUAUGAGACAGACAGUAAUGUUGAGGAUGAAGAGGAUGAGGAAGAUGAGGAGGAUAAGGAGGAUGAGCAAUCAAGUUGUAUGAAGGAACAAGAAGCUGAUGAAUUAAAUUCAAGUCAGGAGUCAUCUCAGAGCGACAUGAUGGAGGAGAGCUAUCUACAGGGGUCCACCGAUGACCUUGUGCUGAGUCAGGCAUCGCAGCAGGAUGACUCUGCCCUUUCUGAGAAACUCUACCAAUUUGUGAAAUCAUCCACAGAUAUUUAUAGAAAAGUGUUGAUGUAUGAGCCGUUGGAAGUGGAUUGGUUAAAGAAAGAAAUAACAGAAGCUGGCAUCAAAUGUUCCAUGGAGAAGUUACUUUGUUUCCUGGAUGAAAAGUGUAUAACCUUCACAAUGAAGAAGAUGAGAAAAGAAAGAAAUUUGCGAAGAGGAAAAGGACGAGGAAAACCUUCACCAAAAAAAGGCACAGAUUCGUCACCGAAAAAAGGAGUGUCCUCAAAACGGACUAGAGGCUCUCCACAGAAAUGUCGACAUAAGGCUCCAACAUCUAGUACCGAUUAGAAUGGUUACAAUGGAAUCGUAAACAAAAACAUUUUAUCUGAUGUCAUCAUCUAGUACAGAUUAGAAUGGUUACCAUGGAAUCGUAAACAAAAACAUUUUAUCUGAUGUCAUCAUCUAGUACAGAUUAGAAUGGUUACCAUGGAAUCGUAAACAAAAACAUUUUAUCUGAUGUCAUCAUCUAGUACAGAUUAGAAUGGUUACCAUGGAAUCGUAAACAAAAACAUUUUAUCUGAUGUCAUCAUCUAGUACAGAUUAGAAUGGUUACCAUGGAAUCGUAAACAAAAACAUUUUAUCUGAUGUCAUCAUCUAGUACAGAUUAGAAUGGUGACCAUGGGAUCGUAAACAAAAACAUUUACAGUUACAGUAACAUUACAGUUACAACAUCAAUUAUACGUUCUUAUACAGUAACAACCUCUAUCAUACAUCCUUCUACUGUAACAACCUCUAUUAUACAUCCUCUUACAGUAACAACCUCUGUCAUACAUCCUCCUACAGUAACA